CCCCGGUCUCACCCCGCGGUCUCGUCUCCGUGGCAUUACAAGAAAUUCCGAUGUUCUGUAUUCGCUACUGAAAACACUUGCCGGCUCGCGUGGAAAAAGUUGCAUCAGAGGGGAAAAUACAUGUCGGAACUCAAAGAUUGUGCAAGUCUUACGUCACCUAUGGACGAUGAUGCUAAGUACGAGCGCGGCUACAAAGGGAGAACGUGUGAUGCAGACGACACCAUGGAAGUCAGGAGUCGCGGAAGCACAUCUAACCUACUUCAACACAUGGAAGGUUGUGACCAGGCUGAGACAGAGAAAAAAAUCGACUUUGACUACGAACCUGGCGACGUCAAAGACGAGUGGAGGAGCAUACUUCUACUCGUGUUGCUCUACGUCCUCCAGGGUAUCCCGUUAGGACUGGCUGCGGCUGUGCCACUGAUGCUGCAGAACCGCAAGGUCAGCUACAAGGACCAGGCCCUGUUCAGCUUCGUCACCUGGCCGUUCAGCGUCAAGCUAUUGUGGGCGCCGAUAGUAGACUCUAUAUACUGUAACGCUUUGGGGAGGAGGAAGUCCUGGCUCGUCCCCACGCAGUACGCGAUUGGGAUAUUUCUCCUCGUUCUUUCGUCGCACACCAAGGGGCUGCUCGGUGACGAGAGCCAUCAGGACGACGAACCUCCCAACGUGCUCCUCUUGACCGGUGUGUUCCUCAUGUUGAAUUUUCUUGCGGCGACCCAGGACAUUGCUGUCGACGGUUGGGCGCUGACCAUGCUUACCAGGAAACACGUGGGAUACGCGUCCACAUGUAACUCUGUCGGACAGACGGCGGGUUACUUCCUCGGCAACGUGGUCUUCCUCGCCCUGGAAUCCGCGGACUUCUCCAAUCGUUACCUGAGGACCGUUCCGCAAAAGGACGGGCUGGUCACUCUAGACGGGUUCCUCUACUUUUGGGGUGUGGUGUUCAUUGUGACGACGACACUUAUCAUGCUGCUGAAACACGAACGCAAACGUCUCCCGUGUGACAAGCCAGAUCUGGGGCCGAUGGACACUUACAGAAUGGCCGUUCGGAUCCUCUGUCUGCCCAGUGUCAGAAAUUUCUGCCUUUUCUUGCUCACGUGCAAGAUCGGGUUUGCUGUGACGGACAGCGCAACAGGAUUGAAGCUGAUCGAAGCUGGCGUCCACAAGGAGAACCUGGCCCUACUUGCUAUUCCCAUCGUUCCGCUUCAGAUUGUGUUGCCGUUUGUCAUCAGCAAGUACACGACCGGACGCGCACCCCUGAACGUCUUUCUCUGGGCUUACCCCAUACGGCUCUUGUUCGGACUCAUAUUUUCGGCGCUUCUGCACUGGACGUACCUGGUGAAGAACCUUGACGGCACAUUCCCUACAUACUUUUACGUUGUCAUCGUGAUAGCGUACUCGUUUCACCAGAUCACCGUGUAUAGCAUCUACGUGGCACUGAUGGCAUUCCACGCCCGAGUCAGCGACCCAACCAUCGGAGGCACCUACAUGACUCUGCUCAACACAGUCACCAACUUCGGGGGCAACUGGCCCGCCACGGCUGCCCUGUGGUUCAUAGACUCGUUGACGUAUAAACGCUGCGACGGUGCAGAGAAUGGACAGCUGCUCUGUUCUUCAAAAAGUGAUGAGAAGCUGUGUACAGGCGCUGGAGGCACGUGCUCGACGACAAUCGACGGUUACUACAUCGAGACAGUAAUGUGCAUUACUCUAGGGUUCGCCUGGCUCAUGUACGGCAGGCGGAGAGCACAGUGGCUGCAGAACUUGCCACGCUCGGCAUGGAGGUGCAGUUAGGGCAUAGGGCAGGAAAGGACAUAAACGGAGUUUCAUUGUUAUUCAUUUUGGGCCAGGCAUUCUCUUACUUCGAAGAAGAAUACUGUUUUUAUGGGUUCAUAUUUAUUGGAAAGGGGGAAAAUACAGUCUCACUUGGACAUUAUGCACUGUAAACAUCUCAUGGCUGAUUUGCAUUCCCGACGCAUUCCAUAUUUUUUUAAAUUUUUUUUUUUUUUGCUAAGAUGGAUACAUAUUUGUUUUUGGUUAAAUUACUUGGAAACCUGGAAAAUCGCAAACACCUAACUCUAGUCAGAACCAUUUUAUCAUGGUCUUAUUCAAUGAAUAGCUUCCGAAUCUCUCAUGAUGCAGCGGUAGCGCAAGUGGAACAGACAUCUAGAACGUGUAACUAGGUUAUCUGAGUUACAGUUGUGUCUUGUUUGGCAAACAUCGAGCUGAAAACCUAAUGUUUGCAUGGGUCUAGAAGACUACCAGUAAAAUUCUUUGACUUUUUGUUGAGAAAGAUAAAGAAGAAAAAAAAAAAGCAUUUAAAUCGAACACAUUCCUUAAAAUGUCGUCUUUUCAUAUUCUGGCUAAGAGCACUCGUUGCGCUUUAAUUUAUAGUUUGCUAAAUUAAUGGCAGGCACACAUCUGAAUUUUUAUUGAAAUAUCUCAUUGAAAUACUCUCAUAUACACUAUUAGCCCUCACACAACACACAGAUGUAAGGUAACGUCGUACCUGCGUAAAUUUGCUCAAUAAUUCUUUUCGCACUCCAAUUGCCUUUGACUCCAAUCACACUUGGUAGCAAUUAAGCCGAGGCUUUUUUCCACCAUGUUGCGCAAAUAAUGGAGCUGGGCAACUGCAUCUGUCGCCAGAAGUUUCAUCCGCACUCUCAUCGGAGUCUCCGCGUUCUUAAUGUAUUAGUCGCACAUGAUAUACGUGAGAUGCAACGAGUCUUCCUUAGAGAAAUUGUCCAGACUGUGCUGACGUUGUGAUGUAACUUAUGUUUCCGUUGCAGUGUUUUGUGCAUCGACAACCAAGGAAUGUGAUUUUCAUGCGCGAUAGUGAUGUAAUGGACUUGUCUGCAAGAUGUGCGAGAAUUUAUCGCAGUUUGUUGAAAACGAAUAAAUAAAUAAAAUCUGUAAAGAUAA